AUGUCUCGAACCACUUCAGCAGACACCUCUCUCGGUCGCUAUAACCCCCCUAGUGAACCCGGUCCACUCCAAACCAGCUCUCGUCGAAGAGAUCAACAACAUAUCCUCUUCUCUCGCCCUCUCUUCGGCGCCCUGCUUUUCGAGAAUACGACCUCGGAUGCGCGUGAUCACUGCGCCAACGAACGCACCUUUCUCUCAUGGCUCCGUCUCUCCAUGUACCUGGCCAUCGUCUCGCUAGCCAUCAUCAUCUCUUUCCACUUCCGCGAACAGCCAUCAGGUUUGGAGCGGCGGAUGGCUCUUCCGCUCGGCAUUAUAUUCUGGUUGCUCAGUCUGACCUGUCUUAUUAAUGGGUUUGCGAAUUACUCUCGAACUGUCAUGAAGUAUAGUCGUAAGGCCGCUCUAGUGCAGAGUGGUUGGAAAACUCAAGUGGUCUUCACGGUGGUUGGGACCGUCAUUCUGGGCAGUUGUAUCCUCUUUUUAUCAACAGACAAGUCGGGGUAG